GUGUCGUAAAGACCUCAAAAGAGCUCUUUAAAAACCUUUCCCAUGGUUCUGUUCGCAUCCUCGCUUGCAGCCGGGUCUUUCUGCCUCUCUCCCCCCGCCUCGCCGCCUCUGUAGCAUCCUCCGGGCCGGGCUCCACGUUUCUGCAGGCUCCCGCCAUCGUGUCCAGCUGUGGCCCUCACAGGGCGCGCUCGCUGGCUCUCACCUGACAGGUCCCUGGCCUCAGGACGACAGCCAGCAACAACACGUCCCCUACAUGAGGGACAAAGCGACGCAGACCCCCAGGGCCUGGGCAGAUGAGAGGAGGAGGGGCUCUCACAAACGCUCGGCCUCCUGUGGGAGCACCGAUCAACUCAAGGAGAUUGCCAAAUUGCGGCAGCAGCUUCAACGCAGCAAACGCAGCAGCCGCCACCGGAGGGAUAAAGACCGCAAGUCGCCCUUCAAUGGCAGCCACACCAUCAUCCAGUCGCAGUCGCCUUUGCCCAAGACCAUCCUGAUCCCAAUCCCCAUAUCCAAGUCGUCGGCCCCUCGCUUCCGCAACAGCGUGGAGGGCCUCAACCAGGAGAUCGAGCGCAUCAUCAUCCGCGACACCCCCGAGAAGGACGAGACCAUUGUUCCACAGGACGUCCCAGAUGGGCACCGCGCGCCCCCGCCCGUGCCCCCGCAGCGCAGCAGCAGCACCCGCAGCAUCGACACGCAGACCCCCUCCGGGGGCGGCCUGAGCGGUAACCACAGCAACUGCAGUAGCCGUCCCGACUCCAUCUCACCCUCCUACCUCACUGUCCUCAACGACAUGGGUGGAGGCAGCCCCUACGAGGACAAAGAGCUGGGCCCCUGCUCCCCGCUGCCUAAAUACGCCGCUUCUCCCCGACCCAACAACAGCUACAUGUUUAAGAGGGAACCUCCAGAGGGCUGCGAGAAGGUCAAAGUGUCGGAGGAGUCCGUGCCCAAACCUCUGCAGGACAUCCCUCCCUUCCUGUGUCCGGACCGCAACAAGGUCAACUUCAUCCCCAACAGCGGCUCCGCCUUCUGCCUGGUCAGCAUCCUCAAGCCCUUACUCCCGGCCCCGGAGCUCAGCUUCCGCCCCGGGGUGGGACUCCGGAGCCUGUCCCCGUCGCUCGUGCCUCUGUCCACCCAGCCCUGCCUCCUGGAGGAGCCGGAGAGCUUCUGACGGGCUCCGCACACUCGACAACACCAACACCCCCCGCCCUACAACCCUCCACCUCCGACCCCUCUCCCCCCCGUCACCCAACAGAAUCAGAAAACAUUUGAGGAAACAACCCUUUUGCUCUAAAGAAGAUAAAAAUUGCCUUCAGCAUGCCAGCUAAGCUCUCUCUGAUGUCCUUAUCUUGUUGAAAAAGCGCUUCCCACUGCCUCUCCUCCUCAGACGACUACUACAACACCAGAGUCCUGCAGCAGCACCCCCCUCCCUCCUCCCCCCAGUGCGGGCGCUUGCAGCCGUUUCAUCGCUUUCUCCCACCUUUAGUGCUGGUUAUGUUCCUGUUUUUCGUUCAGGAGGAAAAGGGGCGAAAAGACAGACUCUUUUAUUUUCAUCGUAUUAUUAUACCAUGGCGCCUUUCCACGGACAUAUAUCUCUUUUUCUAUCUGUAGUUAUUUCUCUUGAUAUAAAAUAUGCCUUCCAUCACAAAGGGGGGGAUGAAAAAAACAAAACAAAACAAAAGGUUUCCUCGUCGACCAAGAGAUUGACCACGGAGGCUAAUUAUUGGUGCUGCCAGAUAUAUCGUAGCAAAACUUGAAUGCUCAUGAAAAAGGAGAGGUUUUAAAAAAAAAAAAAAAAAUGUGCCUGAUAUUUUAGACCGCUCAAGUUUCCCACCACCCCCCGAGCCCACGGCGGCGAACGGCGGCGGCGGCGGCUUUAGAUACACGCCAAGAGGCAGGGCCCGGGCAGGAACAAAAAUAUCACGUGAAGGUGGGAUAUUUUAAAGCCACCGGCGGAAAAACCAAAUCACCAGGAUUGUACUUUCAAGCAGAUGCCUUUGGUAGCAGCGACCUGGCCCCCCUGUGUGCGGUGUGUAUCUAAAAGGGAAACUCAGGCCAGGGCUAUGAUGCGUGCAGCGCAAUGUUCAACCUGUGUCUGCUUGCCCCUCCUCCCCAUGUGCCAGCCUUUUGCUUUCCUAGCACCUCCCUUUACCCCCCCCCUCCUCGUUCCUCCAUCACUCCACCACCACCAUCUCCUCCUCCCCUUUUCUUUCCCUCACUGUAAAGCCGAUUUCCUUCCGUCUUGCUCAGCUUGUGUUGUUGUGAUGUGCAUCCAGAAAUGGGGGCACCACCCCCCUAUGGCAUGCAGGGCCCUGGGCAUGGGGAGGUUGAUGAAACCAAAGAACGGCACAAUGAUAAAUCUGUUAAUGUAACUAAAUUAAUAGUGUUGGGGCACUUUUGAGUUCGCUAACACAUUGUUUGAAUUUCUUCCUACAACCAAUCAAGGCAACGAAGUCUACGAGACUUCACUGUUGAGAGUUUGACCGCUAAACCUAUUUUCCGUCACGAUCUUUUCCAACCAACGGCAGUCGUCUCUAUGCGGCUCAAUUCUCUGAUGGCCUCCCUUCCCGGACGCAAUUAAUCUGGGCUCAGACUUCAGUAGCUGUGGGAAACGCUAUCUGGAAGUGUGAGGCGUCUACAGACUCUUAAAAUAUCCAAACACGUUUGAUAUUCACGUUCGAGACGGGAACUAACGAGAGGCCGCAAAUUGUCGGUCGCUUACCUUCCGAUCAUUGAAGUCGGUGCAGCGUCCAGGUGGAAAGCAGCUUCUCCAUGCCCCGGUCCAACCUCCUGUACUCCUGUAUGCUACUUGACUGUGCCUGCUACAGUGGGUUAGGAAUGUACUGGAUCUGUAAAUAUAGAGGCACAUUGUGUUUUUAUUAUCGGCUGACAAAGAUAUGAAACUGAAUGAGCCAACAAGUGUUACCGUAUGAACCCCUUCUCCUGAUACUCCUCUUCCUCCUCCUCCUCCUCCGCUGAGUACUGUGAAUUACUACAUGUCUCAUUAUUGUGAAUAAUAAUGUAUUUAUUUAUCAGACAGAAUUGGGUCGUCAGAGUUUUUAAUCAAGCAUAGAUUACGUCGUCCAUCUCAGGUUGUAGCGAAUAGGAGACAGAAAGAUACACAGCAACAUGUCUACGCGACUGAAGAGAGCGAACCAACCAACAGCUGCUAUCUAUGUAGCCUCACGCAGUGGAAGAAAAAAAAAGAACAAAAGAUGGAUUUGGUCUAACAACUAGUUGAUAUAAUGUAAAGUCGAAACUGUGAAAGAAAUAAAAGUUCUCGUCCAAAAUGAGAUUAUCCACUUGCUGACAAACUCCUACUGUUCUUGUCGUUUUUAGACGUCCGUUUACAGCAGUUUGAAGGUUAUAAAUCUGGAUUUAUUAUUCUCAACUUUUUGUUUUCCUUCCCUCAAAGUGGAUACACAGCAUUUUGGACUGAGGCUUGAUUAAAAGAAAAGAAAAAAGAAAAAAAAACUCGACACGAUUCUUUGUCUGCUUGUCCAGUUUAUUGGAAACAGAACUGCCAAGUUUUCAUCUGUUAAAACCCCUUUGAGUGAAAUAAAAAGGCAUAGUUGAACUAAAUCAAGUGUCUGUGAUUGACUUGGGAAAUACAUUCUUUUAUUUCAUGAGUGUGUAUCGGUGGAGGCAUCGUGGAGUUCCUUCAUGCGUUUCCCUUUCAAAAAAAAAAAGUCAGAACAAAUUACCCAUAGUGUAAAAGCUAAGAUGCUAAAGUGCAGCUUAACUAUUGUUUUUUUGACUUCCCAUGAUGCACUCUGAUCACCUUAGCGCCACUGAGUGCGAGUUCACAGGCACACAAACAUAACUGAGGAUUGAACUCGACUAAAACCCACAAAUUGUUUCUUAAUAUCAUCCGUAAACACUAACAAAAUGUUCAGAAAAAUGUGACACAGUAACAGUUCUCCAGUGUUUUCCCACAAAACAAUCCAACUGUUUGUUUUAAUCUAUAUUGUAUAUACUGCACUGUUUUUGCAAAUAGUGACAUGAAUUGAAAAUAAAUACAAUUUGCUGCAUCACAUUCAGUUAUUUUUGCAGAUUUGCAACCCCACCAAAAACAAUAAAUAUCCCCGCACUAAAACAUUUUCACAAGGGAGGACGAUGAGCUCUCGGCUUUGGGCUUGUGAUUGUAGCAUUCAACAGCAGAUGGGGCUGAAGAUGACUUUAAAUUAGGCCGUUAGUGUCACACACACACACA